UUGUGAAGUCAUAUUUAAAGAUUUCGAAUUUUUGAAAUUUUAUUUUUUUUUAAUUCAUCGAAAUAUUAUAAGAGUUUGUAUCAAAUGCAUGGCCAGUGGCCACUCUGUAAUUAAAAAGAGCUGAACACCGAAUGAACAUAAAUUUUAAUUUGUUUUUCAUUAUUUAUACAAAACUGAUAAAAUAUUUUAAAUAAAACUAAGCAUUUUUUUUUCAGAUUUCUAGCAACUGGAUUGUCAUACAACGUAAUGCACUUCACGUUCCGCAUCGGUGUGUCUACAGCUGCAUACAUUAUCAGGGAAACAUGCAAAGCAUUAUGGAUCACACUAAAACCUACACACAUGCCGCCACCAUCGAUGGAAUCAUUCCUAAAUAUCGCUCAAGAUUACUGGCACUUAUGGGAUUUUCCCAAUUGCAUUGGAGCAAUUGACGGAAAACAUAUCCGGAUUCAAUGCCCCCCCAAGUCUGGCUCCAUGUACUUUAAUUAUAAAAAGUAUUUCUCGGUGGUUCUACAAGCCGUAGCAGAUGCGAACUGCAGGUUCGUCACGAUUGAGGUAGGAGGGUUUGGGAAGCAGAGUGACGGCGGAACUUUCAGCUCAUCGGUGUUGCAUGAACUGAUGAGAGCCGGAAAGCUCGGAAUCCCACCGGAUGCUAAACUUCCAGGGUCCAACGUGAGCGUCCCGUAUGUAUUUGUCGGUGAUGAGGCAUACCCCCUACUGCCGAAUUUGUUGCGACCAUUUUCUCGGCGGAAUUGCGAUGAACAAGGCGAAUAUUUUAAUGAAAGACUAUCCAAAGCUCGCAAGUGUGUUGAAUGCGCAUUCGGGGGAAUUAAUGCAAAAUGGCGCAUCUUGUGGAAGCCAAUCGAAACAGAUGUAGCCACAGCUGAGUGUAUUACUAAAGCCAUUUGUGUACUGCAUAACGUAAUUAUAGACCUUGAAGGGACGGCUCAAAUGUUAGAAGAAGUCGAUGAUUUUGAAAGGAAUAUCAGGCCAAAUGUUGCUAGGAGGUCAAACCGGGUGAAUGUGAGCAGCGGACGAGUCGUCCGAGACAAGUUCAGCGAAUUUGUAUGGAACAACAAGUUGUAGGCAAAUGGGACGUGCCAGAUGGAUUGAAUUUUUAUGUUUUAUGCAUUGGAAUAAAGAACUACACAACUCAUUUUUUUGUUUUUUUCCUAUCCACCAAUAAUUUUAUUCGAAACCAAAUAUCUUAUAAGAAAUCUUUAAAAUAUUCAAUUCAAUUCAAUUAGUUUUUAUUAGUAAAUAAGCUGGAAGCUGGC